GCUGAGCUUUCGGCCCCUGGCCGGCCGGCUCCAGGCCACCCUUUGGCCAUGGGGAACGCGCUGGGCAGGCCAAGCUGCCUGGGAGACACGAGCCAGAAGCCGGAGGAGUUCCUGAAGGACGUGGGGCUUGGCCCCGAGCACCCGGCGGGGAGGAACAACUGUGACGCCAGAGCCGGGGCCCCCGACAAGUCACCCCUGAACCCGGUGGUGAUCGAGAACGGCUGGAGCCUGAGCCCAGGCUCGGCUAAGAGCCAGCCGAGCAGCCCCCUGCCCAAGCAAAACAACAUGGAGGUCAAGGUACAGAACGGGAGCAGGGGCUGCAACCCCCUCAAAGCCCAGCUGGAGGCGGCUGGGGCUGCCUGGACCCCCCCGAGAGGAGCCCCCCCCAGGGACUCGGGCAGCAGCUGGGCCUGGAAGCCCGUCAGCACCAGGGAGGUGACCGAGGUGACCGAGGUGACGGAGACCAUCGUGACGGAGAUCGUGGAGGUGACCGAGUACCCGGGCGGGGAGCCCGUUGUCACCAGGACGGUGAAGGUGCUGGCGGAGUGUGCCGGGGAGCGGACGGAGGGUGCCCUGCGGGCCGUCACGCUCCCAGAGGGCUCCCCGAGUGCAGAGCAGGCCCAGGAUACUUUGGAGACGCUGCUGACGUGGGUGGCUGACAUGGAGGACCUGGUUGGCAACCAGAAGCCCCCGUCUUCUGAAGUGAAGGUGUUGAAAGCCCAGCUGCAGGAGCAGAAGCUCCUGAAACGGCUUCUGGAGGAGCGGAGACCCCGAGUGGAGUGUGUCCUGCAGGACAGACGGCUGCCCCGGGAGCAUGCUGCCAGGACAAACGCACAGGAGGCGAGCGGGGGCCUCUCAGACCUGCAGGAGAAGUGGGGAGAACUGAUCCAGAAGGCGAACGCCAGACACAGCUGCUUGGAGCGGAUCCUGCCGGCUGCUCAGCACUUCCAGGAGUCUGUGGAUUCCUUCCAGGAGUGGCUGAGCGCCACAGAGAGGCGCCUGGCCCAGCUCUGGCAGGCCAACGGCUGCGUGGCCCAGCUGCAGGCUGCCCACCAGCAAAGCCAGGGUCUCUGUGAGGAGAUUCGUUCCAGGCUGGGCGACCUGGAGCAAGCCCUGGAGCGGGGCCAGCAGGUGCUGGAGCUGGUGACAGGCAAGUGGCAGAGCAGCUGGCUGCUGAGAAUUGGGAACUGCAGCCCCCAGGCCCAGGCUGCCCAGCGGUGA